AUGGUAGUCUUUGGUUGCUGGCUAGCCCUUUUCUCCUCUUCUGGCAUUAUGAACAGCCUAGGUGUGUUUACCACGUACGUAAAGUCUCAUCAGCUGUCCAGCUACGAGGAAAGCACUGUUGCAUGGAUAUUUUCCGUUUAUGUCUUCUUAUGUUUCGGCUGUGGCGUGUAUGUUGGGCCUUUGUUCGACAAAUAUGGCCCCAGAUGGCUCAUCCUGGCUGGAUCAUCUUGUCAUGUCACAAGUAUUAUGCUAUUGAGCAUUUGCACCGAGUAUUGGCAUUUCAUGCUUAUUUUUGGUGUUUUGAACGGCGUUGGAACUUCUCUCCUGUUUAAUGUGUCGAUUGCCUCGGUAGGCCACUGGUUCCGUCGGCGCCGUGGUCUAGCGACUGGGAUUGCCACAACCGGCGGCGUGUUUGGCGGCAUCGCAUUCCCUUUGACGUUUAACCCUCUUGUUGACUCGGUUGGAUGGCCAUGGACUGUUCGCUGCAUCGGGUUCACCUCCCUUUUUUGUUGCACCUUGUCCCUGCCACUGAUCGCAGGGCGCCUUGCACCUCGCCAGGAUGCAAAAAGGGGCCCCGACUUUCGAAUCUUGAAAGAACCGGCUUUUGCUUUAACUUCACUCAGUAACUUUCUGCUAUUUUUUGCAGGGUUCAUACCUCUAGCGUAUAUCCCUGCAUACAUGUUAAGCGAGGGACUUAGCGCCGACUUUAGCUUCCAAAUUCUACCGAUAUUUAAUGCCGCCAGCGCAGUCGGGCGGGUCACAGCUGGCUGGUGGGGAGAUUACAUUGGAGUUUUCAACUCCAAUUUAAUCACUAUUUUGAUAAGUAGCAUAUCUGCCUUUGCGAUUUGGCUACCUUUUGGGUCGCAGACGGCGGGUAUCGUAUCGUUUGUUGUCAUAUUCGGAUUGGCAAACGGUAACACGACAAGCAUAACCCCCGUUUGUGUGGGAAAGCUAUGUGACACGCAGUCCUACGGGCGGUAUUACGCAACGGCAUACACUAUUGGUAGCGUUGGAAGCUUGAUCGGGAUCCCCAUUGGCGGAGCAAUCAUAAAGGCUGCCGGCGGUAGUUACUGGGGAGUCAUUCUGUUAACCGGUGUCAUGUACGCUUUGGCUUUUGUGAGUUUGUGGGCAGCAAAGGUUGCGCGUGUAGGGCUGCAAAUUGCUGUUCGGUUUUAA